CCGAUGGAAUUAUGACAUCUUCGAUAUCCUGGGGUAUUUGGCUUUUGUGGAGAUAUCACCACGAAUAUUCUGUGAAACUGCCAUCAGAAGAAUGGUGAACAAAUUAAUAUGAGAGGCGUCGGGUGGAAGAGUAUACGAUUUAGUCAUAUGAGGGAAUAUUUGAACAACAUUCCCCUCAGAAACAUCCCAGUAAAGCAACUGGGCAGUGGUCGUAUCAUUUUCCUAACUAGGAUUGCUAUAUUUACGACGUACACCGCACUACUGUGCAAUCAUGUAAUGGCCCCUAUGGCCCCCAACAAUGCCGUGUCAUUCUGUGUCGAUCAUAGCCAACUGUCAGGAGAAGUGUUUCUAAAUAAUAGAUCCAACAAAAUAUGUUGUCUUUAACGGUCAACACCAUCCUUACCGACUAUAAAUAGCGAUGCUCC